CCGUUCACCGUUGGCAACAAUGUGUUUUACAGUUGUCAAUUUUUUAAAAUUUUAUAGCAAAUUAAAGAGAUUCAAGCAUUUCUCAUUCCUUGUAAUUCUGGCUUAAUUAUGUUAUUUCUGAAUGCUGAAAGAACUGAGGACUUUUACUAGUGGACUUCAAAAGCAAUUUGGAAGUAUGGCAUCUUACCGAAUUCGUCAUUUCCCAAACCCCAAACCAGAUUAUGAUGAAGAAUCCCCUUUACCACAAGUUCCAGCAGUAGAAAUAAUCGCUAAUCUAACUGAUAUAGUCACGAAAAUCGUACAAGGCGUGAAACCAACUGAAAAGAACGCAGGUGAUGGCAUUUAUUUGGGCACUGCUGGCAUUGCUUACAUGUUCUACCACCUCUGUAAAAUACCCACAUUAUCCAUGAGCAAGAGAGAAUAUUUGAAUAAAGGUAUAGAAUACUUGAAGCCAGCUAUAAAUGUAGCUUCUUGUGCAGCUACCAGGACCAAAGAAGUACCUUCCUUCAUAUUAGGGAACUGUGGCAUCUAUGCUGUAGCAGCUGUAAUAUACAAAGCUGUUGGUGAUGAUCCUCAGAGCAGUCAAUUCAGACAGUUGUAUUAUGAUGCUGCCAAAAUUUGUAAGGAAGCCAAGUUCCUAGACUGUGGCUCAGAUGAACUGUUUGUUGGUAGAGCUGGCUAUGUAUUGGGAGCACUUUGGCUGUCAAAAGAAACUGAUACACCAAUACAGAAGCAGGAUAUUUAUGAAAUUUGCAAAAUAAUUAUGAAAUCAGGCAGAGAUUAUUCUCAAAGCCAUCAAUCUCCUUGUCCUCUGAUGUAUUCUUACUACCAAGUUGAAUAUUUAGGAGCUGCUCAUGGUUUGUGUUCAAUUCUGCAAGUUUUGAUGUCAGUACCUGGGUAUUUGGAUGCCAAUGCACUUGAUGCAGUGGAUAUCAAGAGGUGCAUUGAUUUUCUGCUCAGUAUACAGGAUAAGGAAGGAAACUUUCCAUCGGCCACCGACGAAAUAGGCCAUCAGUGCGAUCUAGUCCACUGGUGUCAUGGGGCAGGAGGCACAGCCUACAUGAUGGCUAAAGCCUAUCUGGUCUUCAAAGAGGAAAAAUACCUGAACUCCUUAAGACUUAUGGCGGAUCUGAUUUGGGAAAAGGGUUUGUUGAAAAAAGGGCCCGGUAUAUGCCACGGAGUGGCAGGAAACGGCUACGUUUUUUUGCUGCUGUACAGAUUGACGAGAGAGCCGAAAUCCUUGUACAGGGCGAUACAGUUUUACAAGUUUUUGGGGACGGAGGAGUUUCAGAACGGGGCUAGGACUCCCGAUGCUCCUUACAGUUUGUACGAGGGUCUUGCCGGCACGGCUUGUUUUUUUGCCGAUUUGACCAGCCCUUUGCAUGCCACUUUUCCCUUUUUAGAUGUUUUUUGAAGUUCAGGUGACAAAUAAUGAUAUAUUCAUACAGGGUUUCUCAAAAGAACCGGAACGGCCGAAUAUUUCAGCAACGGCUUGACAUAAAAUUAUGAAAUUUGGUAUACGGGGAUCAUUAGUUGUGCCGGAUCCAAAAAUAAUAUUUGCAACGUUGCCAGUUUCACAGUUUUUCCUAUAGUGCCCUCAACUUUAUUUAUUUAAAUGUAAUGCUAUGUUUAUUUUUAGCGCAUUCGAUUUGUCUUCUCAAAUCUACUAUGACCCUAUAAUGUCAAUUUUGCGUAUUCCCUUCAUUCUUGUUGAUAUGACAAAUGAACAUUUCGUCAAAAAAUAUCACAAAAUUUCAAUAUUUCGAGAAAUCGUGGCGAUAUGACAAUAAAAAUUAAUUUAUUUGGAAGUUUCCAGCAAGUCUGAUCUAAAAAUACCAUUUACAACGUUUCUAAAUCUACAUGUUUUAGUAUUUAUUUGAAUUGCCUUUUUAAUUAUUGAGCAUUUUAUUUGAUGCCAUGAAGUUACAUUCUUGUAACCUAAACAAUUUAAACCCUAUUGAUCAUGAGAAGCUAUCAAGAAGUUUAUGAAUUAGUUUUCCGAGAAACAAAUAAAAAAAUCUAGAGUUUGCCGAUCUAUUAAAAAGGCAGUUUAAAUAAAUACUUAGGAAGAUUUAGUAUAAACAACAUGUAGAUUUGGCAACGUUGUAAAUGGUAUUUUUAGAUCAGACUUGCUGAAAACUUCCUUAUAAAUUAAUUUUUAUUGUCAUAUCGCCACGAUUUCUCGAAAUAUUGAUAUUUUGUGAUAUUUUUUUGACGAAAUGUUCAUUUGUCGUAUUAACAAAAAUGAAGGGAAUACAAAUUUGAUAUUAUAGAGGGUCAUAGUAGUUUUGAGAGGACAACAAAUCGAAUGCGCUAAAAAUAAACAUAGCAUUACAUUUAAAAAAUUAAAGUUGAGGGCUCUAUGGGAAAAACUGUAAAACUGGCAACGUUGCAAAUAUUAUUUUUAGAUCCGGCACAACUGAUUACCCCCGUAUACCAAAUUUCAUAAUUUUAUGUCAAGCCGUUGCUGAAAUAUUCGGCCGUUCCGGUACUUUUGGGAAACCCUGUAUAUAUUCAUCAAAAUUCAUGUUACAACAAAAAUAUCAAUAAUACUGAACAGUUCUGGGUCGUCAUUCUAAGUCUGAAAUUUUGAUACUUACCUAAGUAAGCAUGAUAAUCAGACUCUUGAAUUAGGAGAAACUUUUAAAAUAAACUAUACUCACAAAAAUGUUUCAUCACUUGUAUACUGGGCGUUGGAGUUUGUUGAAAAAAAUAUUAUUCUCUAUCUAGAUACAAAAAAGUGAUCCCUUUGGAAUUUGAAACUGGAUAUUGUUGGAUAUCAGUUAUCCACUGAAUUCUGAUGAAGAGAUUCUUGUGGAAUCUUGACAAACAAGCCGUUUUCGAUUUAUUUGUGGUGAAAUUCUUUCGAACAAACUCAUAAUAAAAGAUGUACUAUCGCUUCAAUACAAAAUUUCCAUUGACCUGAAUUUCAUUUCUUCAUAUUUUCAUCUGUUGUUUCUUAUUAUAUUGUUAUUUAUUGACUAAGAGUAGUAGGCCUAUUGAUAUCAAAUACUAUAUACACUUCAAUCAAUGUUUAUUUAUUUUACUUUUCUAGCACAUUAAUUUUUUUGCAUUACCAAAUUAAAAAAAUCCUCGAAAAUAGGUGAAGAUACCUGGAAACUUGCAUCAAUAUUUAGAAAAUUGAACAAGUAAAAUACACCAAAUAACACCUAAAAUGUAAUCUCCAUACACCCAAUCACACCAAUUUUUUUUUCCAAAGCACAACAAUUUAGUCCAGUAAUUAUCAUUCUUCAGAUCAUGCAAUUUCAUAAAAUUCACAUUUUUUUUUGCAUGUAUUUAGUUUCCACAAUGAUUUGAACUUAUGAUUAAUAAUUUUUUGUGUCCAUUCUUUUUUCUUUUCCAUGAUGUAUUUUUUUCAAUUGUUCUUUUUUCUCUGCUUUUGAACCAAGUUGAGAAAUUAUGUGGGUGAAAAAAUGGAAUUAUGUAACUGUAUCCUUACUUUUAAUAUGGAGCAAAAUAUCCUCGUCUAUAACCCCUAAAAAUGUAGACAUCAGUUCAUUAAAAAACGGGUUAGCAGUUAUUAAAUUAGAAACAACAUCAACUACUGAAAAAAAAAACAAGCAUCAAAAAAGAUGAAUGAGCAUGCAGAAAUCACCUAAAAAUAUUGAAUCUACCAUUGUAGCUCUUCAAAGUAUUUUAAGCUGUUCUAAUUUGAUGAAGAAGAAACCCUAUGAAUUCAAAUAAGCUGGAUGAAAAUAAUAUGAAUACACUAUGAUCUGUUUUACCACUAACCAAACCAUUUUUUUAUUCUUCUCCUGAAGAUGCUAACUAUGUUAGCAAAACACAUGUGGAGGCAUAAAAAAUUGUUUUGGUUAGUAGUAAAACAGUGCAUAGUGUAUUAUAGUGCCAAAGGUACCAGUCUUCAAUAUAGAAUAUGAUUAGCUGAAUUGGGGCAUCAGGAAACCUUGGCACAUUUCAGUUAUCUAUCAUUCUCAAUUUUUUUCUGGAUUAGUUCCACUAUCUGUUGUUUCUAGUUUACUAAAUGGCAAAAGAUAUACCUUGGUCUACGCAUGGGCCUGUA